CAGUGCAACACAUUAUAUAGUAGAAGUAGAACAACUUCAGUCAUGUGAGGAGGUUAGAUGGAACUAUGCUUCCAUAAUAAUAUGCCUUUUAUGCCGUUAAUAUUUACGUUCUGAGAAUGUAAUUAUUUAAGUUUUAUUUUACUUUCUUUACGCGAACUCCAUGGAUACUUGUCAGCAAAAAAUAUCAUGAGGAUAUCCAAGAUUAUAACUUUUUUAUUCGCUACUCGUUGAUUUUUUAGCAACUUUUAUUAUUUAUUCAAAUUCAAACAAGUUAAAUAAUGUUUGCAAUCUAUUAUCUAAGGUAAAUGGAGCAAGAAAUAUUUUUUGUAUACAAAUAAAAGUCAACAAAUGAUACUCUACUUCAAGUGCUAUGUAAGAUACAUAAAGUUUAAGAAAUAAGAUGGAUGUUUGAAGAUCUUUUGAAAUCAAGAACAAGGCUUGAAUGAGAAUAAUCAAGUGUGUAUCCAUGAAAAUAUGGACAAAGUAGUAAGCAACAAUGUUGAAUCUUACUCGAACGAGGAAGAUCAAGAAUCAUCUUCCAAAGAUUAUGGAGGAGAUGAAAGAAGCAGUAUUGAGUUAGCAAGCAGUUCCAAUGAUUCUAAUUGCUGGUACCCACGCGAACGUGUGGGGGAGAAAAUUGAUUCACGGCAGAGAUGGAGCUUUGGAUCGGAUAUUUCUGUUGAAGCAGUUGAAAAUAUGCAAAAUCGUCUAUGUUGCUCACCUGUAGAUGAAUUUGAUUCUACAAUUAGCAGUGAAAAUGAAGAUUUAAUUGUAAAUAAUACAGACGAAACAGAUGAAUCCUACAAAAGUUACAUUCAAGUUUCUCCAGCAGCUUCACCAAUUUUUAACGAAGCAGCAUUGAGCAGCGACAAUAAGAAACAAAACAAAAACCAUGAUGUAGAUACAGCAGAUGAUGAAUUAAUAGAUUAUUCUAAAAGGUAUACGACAGACACUUCUAUGUCUAUUCAAAGACAGCAGCAACAGAGAAAUAUUGUAGUUAAUAGAGUAACCAGACAUGUGCCUGAAAAGAAAUCAGUUAAUAAUAGAUCUAAAGUUGAUCCUUUUGGAGAUUAUGCUGAGACAGAUUUGGAUCAGCCCACAGAUUAUAGCUUACGUUAUGCAGAAGAAGACACGGACGAAGAGGAGACAGAGGAUCCUCGAUUUUAUUGUACAAGUGAACAAGAAGAUACAGUAAAAAGUUACUAUACAGAAGGAACACCCUAUCAAACGCCUUGCAACUUUUCCAAUGCCACAUCAAUGUCAGAUCUGCUAUCACUGGAGGACUGCAAUAAAGAAGAAGCAACCUACAGACGACAAUUUCUCAGAGGACAGAGGCAUGAAACGACGGACAAGUCGGAGAAGGGUAUAACAAUAAAAGACUGCAGAGCUCGCCCAAGACGCAAAUUCGUUUCCGAGGACUCGAGGAUUCCAAUCCUGCAAGAAACUCCAGAGACGUGCGAUAAACGGGUUAACGAUAGAAAAUUAGAAAAACUUGGCACUCCUCCUCAAUCGCCAGCCGAGCAAUGUGACAAGGACAAGGAGAACAAAGCUGCGACAUUCAAUGUGGAGGAAAAUAAUUACGCGCAGGAGACACCGUUGAUGUUCUCCCGCUGUAGCUCUCUAGAUUCCCUCAGCGAUUUCGAGCAGCACUCGAUCCAUGACGACCGCAGUUCCGUGAUCAGUGACUUCAGUCACCGAACCAGCGGUGUAGUAUCUCCGAGUGAACUGCCAGAUUCGCCGACUCAGACUGUACCGCCAAGCCCGCGUAGAAUAAAACAACAAAAUACUCAGAAUCAUCCGCCGCAGAGAAUGCCACUUAUUACAAGGCCGCCUUUGCGAAAACCUCCCGACCAGCAACAUCACAACGACAAUAAGAUACAUCUGAUGAGUGCAGGCAUCCUUCGCGAGUCGAACAAUCUGGAGCCUGUUAAUAGCUUCUUCCAGGAUGGAUUGGUUUCAUUCAAGGAAGAAUCAAUGCCCGUUAAAGCGCGAUCAACAACAGGUAGUAUGCUCAGCGCGCUGACCAUCGACGACGAGCUCGAGGACACGAGGGACAACCGCGAGAUCAUCAACAGGAUCGCGGCAAUCAGGGUUAGGACGAGUGCAGCUGGUAUGCACCAAGCGCCGAUGCAGAAGCAGAGCCAUAACAACUCGUUCGAAGAAUCGGAAGUAAACAAUAAACCGUCCCGCCAGCCCCAAGGCAGCAACGCGUCGAACAGAAAUAUAGCCUAUAUAAAUCAUUGCCUGCUAGUACCAUCCUCUAAAGAAGAAGUGAUCUACGCAAACGAGGAGGAGGAAAACGACUACAUGCCGGCCUAUGCAAACAAAGAACCUCAGCAGAACAACAGAUACCGCGAGUCUUUCAAGGAUCCUUGGUAUGAUGAUAGUUUAAAAACCGACAAUCGCAAUCACUCGAACAGACAACUCUCCAGAAGCCCCGUAAUGAAACGCAAUUGCGACGUCUCUUCUAAUCAAAGGUUGGACGUCGACGAAAUCAUAGCUCUGGACACUAUGAGGAUCUACUGCACUGAAGAUACGCCGACUUACGUUUCUCCAUACGGAUCGCAAUCGAAUCUCUCUGCUUUGUCGGUGCUAAGUAUCUCCGAUGGUGAGGAGUUCUACGGAGCUAAUUUCAAUUAUGAGGAUGAGCAGCCCAUGAGAACUUUCUACCGGGCGGAAAGAUCCAGCAGUCCCGCCUACGAUUACAACUCCGUGGCGAGUUCCGACGAUUACUCCGAGGAGGACGAUCGAAGAAUCGAUGUGUCACCUUUUGAUUCGCAAAUGAACCUCAAUAGCUUCUCCUUGCUGUGCAUCGAGGAGGAAAGCGAAGAAGAAGACGAGGAAGAGGAGGCGAGCAAUGAGACUGAUAAAUCGGCCAGGGAUGACUCCGGCGCCGACGACAAGGAGGCCAAUGCCUAUAAGCGGCUGUCCUACGAGAACUCAGAUUACUCCGAUGAGGAUCAACAGGUGCUCGAAGAGUUUGUUAAGUUAGGAAUGUCAAAGGUCACUCGGCGGAAAGAUGAUUCCGACGUUGACAAGCAGUGACAAUUGUUCUUAGUAUAUUGAAUUCUGUUGCCACUUUUUAAGAGAAUUUACCCUCAAUGAACUGUACUCUUAUAUAUUGUAAAAAGAUUGAUGAAUUUUACAGUGAAAUAAAUUUAAUUUUUUAUGUA